AUGCAUUCCCCCAAGACUCCGUUAACUUCCCGCUGUGGCUAUCUGCGCGGUCGCAAGCGCAUAAAUCCGCAUCCCAUAUCGGUGCUGCAGAAGCGGCCGAAAAUCGAAGACAAAGUCGAUGCAGAGGACAGCAAGUGCUCAUCAGAGCCGGACAUCUCAACGAAUUCGGAAUCCCCGUUGACUGCCGAGGAUAGUGGUAUCGAUGUUAGCCAGGAAAUCGACCAGAAAAAAGCACGUUACGCCAGACGCAAUCAGAAGCAGAAUCCUUUCUAG